CCAAUUUCCAAGUCUCAACCCUUCCUGUUCUCCGUCUCUCUAUGCACCGCGAGGUUCAAAAAUCUCAAAACCUCUGAGACUUUUCCACCAUUAGUUCUCUCCUCUCCUCCCCCGCCUGUUCGCUUCUGCCUCUCGCUUCCUCUUCGCUUCGCCGUUGCCCAUCCGGUGUUGUCUCUCCGGCGGUCGGCGCAGUGCCACGGUAAUAGCUCUCGUUAAGGUUCUCCGCUCAGCGGACCAGGGUUACAUCUUUAAUUUCUCUCCAGUGAUCAAGCGAAGGUAUGUCCUUGUAAAACUCAGAAAGGGAAUGGGUCGGCCAGAGCCAUGCAUCUUGUUUGCCCACUCAUUUAUACAUUCCCAACUUGAUGAGUAUGUUGAUGAGGUGGUAUUUGCUGAACCAGUUGUAAUAACUGCUUGUGAGUUUCUUGAGCAGAAUGCUUCUCCAUCAACUCCAAACAUAUCACUCAUUGGGGCUACUUCACCUCCUUCAUUUGCCUUGGAAGUUUUUGUCCAUUGUGAAGGGGAGUCACGCUUUCGGCGUCUCUGCCAGCCAUUUCUUUAUUCUCAUUCUUCAUCAAAUAUACUAGAAGUUGAGGUAUGCUAUUGUAUUUGUAUAAUUGAAUAG